AUGAGUGGUGUGCAAUCAGCGACGUCGACGGUCAAUAUUCGCACCGUGGCUAUUCUUCCCGUGACGGCCGGUGUCCCGGUUGUGGAAUUUGGCCAUCGGUUGCUCAACGCACUUCAUCAGAUCGGCGUGACUCGCGGUGUCACUUCGCUCAAUCAAGCGGCUAUUUUGAACCAUCUCGGCCGGCACGCCUUCAGCAAGAUGGGCAAACUCAAGCUCUCCCAGUAUCUAGCAGACCUCGAAGAGAACCAAGCUGACACAAUUUUGCUGGUUGGCUUGGCGGAGUCGUCGGCGGGGAUUGGCGAAUACGAGCGAUUCCUGCUUGGUAUGAAAACCACCGCUCGCAAGGAGCUGGUGUUAUUGCACGCGGAGCGGUACUGCCCUCCUGGCCUGACUCGCACAUGGCUGAAGAAUCGUCUGUGGAUCAAUGGCGGCCACCAUCAUAUCCAGAUGGCGUUCCGUCUAACCACAGAACCAUCCCAUCCGCAGACCAAGAAAUUUGGUACUGCGCUCAAGCAACGCGUGCAAAUUCUGCAAGCAGAGAUUCAGAAAUACACCUCUCGUCGCAUCCAGCAGACUCCUCUUUACUCCCCUGAAACCCCCUUCAAAGGGGAUUUCCAUCGGCUUGCGCGUCGCCUCUGCGGGAAGUCUGUUGGCCUGGUCCUUGGUGGUGGAGGAGCGCGAGGCAUUGCCCAUGUGGGUGUGAUCAAGGCCCUGGAAGAAGCCGGAAUCCCGAUUGAUAUUAUCGGCGGGACCUCAAUCGGCUCCUUCAUUGGAGCGCUCUAUGCCCGCGAUGCCGAUGUUGUGCCUAUGUACGGCCGGGCCAAGAAAUUUUCUGGCCGCAUGGGUAGUAUGUGGCGAUUUGCCCUGGACUUGACGUACCCCACGGUGUCGUACACAACGGGCCACGAGUUCAACCGGGGGAUUUUCAAAACCUUUGGCGACAGUCAAAUCGAGGAUUUCUGGCUCGAGUUCUACUGCAACACCACCAACAUCAGCAAAUCGCGAAUCGAGUACCAUUCUUCCGGCUAUGUAUGGCGUUACGUGCGCGCCUCCAUGUCCUUGGCAGGCUUGAUCCCUCCCAUUUGCGAUGAAGGCAGUAUGCUGCUGGACGGGGGCUACAUUGAUAACCUCACGGUGGCCCACAUGAAGAGCCUCGGCGCGGAUGUCAUCUUCGCCGUGGACGUAGGAUCGCUCGAUGACAACACGCCUCAACAAUUCGGUGACUCUCUCUCCGGCUUUUGGGCCACCAUCAACCGCUGGAACCCGUUCUCCUCCAUUCCCAACCCGCCUACCCUUGGUGAGAUUCAGGCCCGUCUUGCCUACGUUUCUUCUAUCGACAACCUCGAGCGCGCCAAGAAUAUGAGUGGCUGCUUGUACAUGCGUCCGCCGAUUGAUCCCUAUGGCACGUUGGAAUUUGGCCGAUUCGAUGAGAUCUACCAGGUCGGCUAUGCGUACGGAAAGGAGUUCUUGAAUCGUCUCAAGAAUGAGGGCUCGCUGCCCAUCCCCGAAGAGACGGAGGAGAAGCGGAAAUUACAGCGCACCAUGGCCCCCCGACGGGCCAGCAUAUAG